UCUAACGGACUCCGGGAGGGUCGCCCCGCAGCUGUGUGGGAGUCGCGGCGCGUGGCCGGCGCCAGGCGGAAGCCCGCGGAGCAGCUAGCCGGCCGCGGAGGAUCCGGGGAGCCGCGGCUCAGAGGCCUGCUGCGGUGUCCGUCCACCGGCCGCGCGGGCCCCGGCAGUUCCGACAGGAGACCCGCGCGGGGCUCGAGCGCCUGGGUCGCGGAGGUUCUCAGCGGAGCGCAGGCCCCGGCCUGUCAGAUUUAAAGCAUGGCAAGCCCCUUUGCGUUGAAGAACUUCACUGCACUUUCAGAUCUGCAUCCAAAUAUGGCUAAUCUGAAAAUAAUCAGUGUAGUUAUUGGGAAAACAGAUGUCAGAGGCUUUCCAGACAGAAAAAAUAUUGGAUCAGAAAGAUACACUUUCAGUUUCACCAUCCGUGACUCACCAGACCAUUUUGUGAAUGUAUCCUCCUGGGGCAGUGAAGAUUAUAUCAGGCCACUGUCUGAGAGCUUUAAGGUUGGUGAGUGUGUGAUAAUUGAAAAUCCCCUGAUCCAAAGAAAGGAGACAGAAAGAGAAGAAAAGUUCAGCCCUGCAACUCCUAGUAACUGGAAACUAUUGCUCAGUGAGAAUCACUCAAUGGUAAAAGUUUGUUCCCCUUAUGAAGUGGAUACCAAGUUACUUUCUUUGAUAUACUUGCCUGUUAAAGAAUCUCGGGAUUAUUACUCAUUGGCUGACAUUGUUGCAAAUGGACACAGUCUUGAUGGGAGGAUUAUUAAUGUGCUUGCAGCUGUGAGGUCGGUUGGAGAGCCAAAAUACUUUACAACUUCAGACCGAAGAAAAGGCCAGAGGUGUGAAGUUAAACUCUUCGAUGAAACAGAGCCAUCUUUCACAAUGACAUGCUGGGAUAAUGAAUCCAUUCUACUUGCACAGAGCUGGAUGCCAAGAGAAACAGUAAUAUUUGCCUCAGAUGUAAGAAUAAAUUUUAACAAAUUUCAGAACUGCAUGGCAGCAACAGUAAUCUCAAAAACCAUUAUCACAACUAAUCCAGAUACACCAGAAGCCAAUAUCCUGCUGAAUUAUAUAAGAGAAAAUAAAGAAACAGAUGUGGCUGAUGAAAUAGACAGUUACUUGAAAGAAUCCAUAAACUUAAACACAAUAGUUGAUGUCUAUACAGUGGAACAGUUGAAAGUAAAAGCUCUGAGAAAUGAAGGAAAAGCUGAUCCUUUCUAUGGCAUCCUCUAUGCUUACAUUUCUACACUGAACAUUGAUGAUGAAACUACCAAAGUAGUUAGAAAUAGAUGUUCCAGCUGUGGCUAUAUUGUAAAUGAAGCCUCCAACACUUGUGCAAUUUGCAACAAGGAUUCCUCCAGACUUAAGUCCUUUUUUCUCAGUUUUGAUGUGCUAGUUGAUCUUACUGACCACACUGGGACCCUCCACUCCUGCAGUCUCACAGGAAGCAUUGCGGAGAAAACUUUGGGCUGCACGAUAAAUGAGUUUCUUGCAAUGACAAGUGAACAGAAAACGAAACUGAAGUGGCAGUUUCUUUUGGAAAGAAGCAAAAUUUAUGUAAAACUGAUUUUGUCACACAGGGCAAGGGGUGGAUUGAAAGUUAGCAUACUCUCCUGUAAGCUUGCAGAUCCCACCGAAGCAAGCAGGAACCUGCCUGGACAAGGACACACUUAAAACCAUGUUUUGUUCCAAAAUCUGGAAAAGUAUAGGAAUUUAACUCUUUAAAAUGGCAUGUUUGAGAAUUAUGUGUAAAAUUACAUUUGCCUAAAUGUAGUAAAACUAUUUCCUAGGUUGUCACUGUUUCCUUCUGGAGUUGGCUCAGCUACUUGGAAGACCAAUAGCUUUGCCCUGUCUUCUCUCACACUGGAAAGUAUUUGCUUAUGUACAGUAAUAAACAUGCUUGAUCUUC